CUCAAUGAAAAUUUCUCAACAUUUGCCACAAAAAAAAAAAAAGUUGAGAAUCAUCAAACAUAAGCUAGAAGCUUACAACAUGAAGCCCGUCAAACAUGUGUUCAUCUUAGGUGGGCAGAGCAACAUGUCGGGGCGCGGCGGCGUCCACAGGCAUCAAUGGAACGGCAAGGUCCCGGCUGAGGCGGCCGAGGACGGCGACAAGAUCUUCCGGCUGAACGCGGGGCUGGAGUGGGAGGUAGCGCACGAGCCCCUCCACCAGGGGCUGGAUGGCCACAGAGCGUGCGGCGUGGGGCCCGGGCUGGUCUUCGGCAACGCGGUGAAGGAGCUGGUGGGCGUGGUGGGGCUGGUGCCGUGCGCGGCGGCAGGUACGCAGAUGAAGGAUUGGGUGCGAGGGGCAGAGCACUACGAGACGAUGGUGAAGCGGGCCAAGGCGGCCGCGGCGCACGGCGGGGAGAUCGCGGCGUUGCUGUGGUAUCAUGGGGAGAAGGACACCUUCUUGAAGGAGGAUGCUGAUUUGUAUGGACACAAUAUUGAGAAGCUUAUUCUCAACCUGCGUCAAGAUCUCCAUUUGCCUUCUCUUCCUGUCAUCAUGGUUGCACUUGCAUCUGGAAGAGACAAGUACCUAGAGAAGGUUAGAGAUGCACAAAAGGGAAUUAAUUUGGCAAAUGUAGUUUGCGUGGACGCUUUGGGGUUGGCUCUUGAAGAUGACAAUCUUCAUAUCACUACUGAGGCCCAUAUUAAGUUGGGGCAUAUGAUGGCACACUCUUAUCUCACCCAUUUUCUCACCCUAUAAAUUUCACCACUCCCCCCACAAAUUAAUUUACGCAUACUCUUUUGAAUUUUAUAUUAAAUCAUUUUCCUUCUUUAUGUAAUAAUUUGUAACAAUAUGUAAGUGUGCAAUGGCCUUUCUAUGGAAUAAAACUUAGUUGGUGUGGUUGAUUGGUUCUA